GCUGUCAGUGCGCCUCCGGAGCGUUUCCAGAAAGGACUACUUUUGAACACUGCAAGCAAAAUGAAGCGAAGCCACAACUACAGCUCAUCGGAGAGCGACCUGGACGACAAUAUUGAGGUGGAGAAGGAUAGUGGCGACGAGAAUGGUCAACUUGAUUCUCACGGCUCCAUGUCACCCUCUACAACCACCCAAGUACAAGCCAGAAAAAGGCGCAGAGGGAUUAUUGAGAAGCGGAGACGUGACAGGAUCAAUAAUAGUCUGUCAGAGCUGAGAAGAUUGGUGCCAAGUGCUUUUGAGAAACAGGGAUCAGCUAAACUGGAAAAAGCUGAAAUUUUGCAAAUGACUGUGGACCAUUUGAAGAUGCUUCAUGCAUCUGGUGGCAAAGGUUACUUUGAGGCUCAUGCUCUUGCUAAGGAUUACCGCAGCCUGGGCUUCAGGGAGUGCCUGGCGGAGACAGCUCGUUACCUGAGUAUCAUAGAGGGUCGGGACGGUACAGACCCCCUCCGUAUACGUUUGGUGUCCCACCUCAGCAACUACGCCUCUCAGAGGGAGGUGCACACCGGACUGGAGCAUUUAGCCUGGGGCUCUGCCUACGGGACUGCCCCUGCCCAUCUCCCCCACCCCCUCCUCCUACAACACCCCCAGGGCAGGACACCUGCAUCCAGAAGCAACAGUAGCCCACCCUCCUCCACCUCUUCUUCUUCCUCUGCAUCCUCCUCCCCCUCCACUGAUGCAUCUGGGACAUCCAGACUCAGUGUCAUGCCCCCCACAGAGACCCUCAGGGUGCCUCCGAAUGGUUCGCUGCCCCUCAGUCUGUCUGUGCCAACCUCCAAGCUUUCACCACCACUCCUUUCUUCCCUGUCUUCGCUGUCGGCAUUCCCUCUCUCCUUCGGUGCUUUCCCUCUGGUGUCCCCGACAGCCCUUAGCACGGUGAGCCCCUCCUCCACCCUGUCAAAGCCGUACAGGCCUUGGGGUACGGAGAUUGGGGCCUUCUGAAGCAAACAACUGGACUGAAGGCAACAGCUGAGCUGUGCCAAACACCACAGACUAGGCAGCACAACCUGCCUCUGUUUUUAUAGCAAUAAAACACAGGGGAACAAAGCAAACUGAUUUUAUUUUAUUAAAGAAAAAGUGGGAGAGGUCACACUCUGUAUGUCAUUACUUUAAUGAAAGGAAUUCUAAAUGAUUUUAUGUUAUUCAGCGACUAAUUUAGUUAACAUGCACUGUCUCCAGGAUGAGGACUGAUGUGACAAUAUGGGCCACAAAUAGAUUUACUGUAAGCAAAUUGUAGAAGUAAUAUUUUGUCGACCACUUACUGCAACUUCUACAUUUGUCAAACACAGAUGUCUGUAUUUAACAUAGAGUUGCUUAAUUUGGUCUGCUUCUUUAGUGGUAUGAGAAAUGA